AUGAUCCAAGCUGGCUCAGAUGGUUCCGGUGUGGCUACUGAGAUGGUGAACUUAAAUUCGACGGUCAAAAUGAUUUUUCGCAAUAGAGGUACAUUUUUCGGAGUCCAUGUAACAUCCACACCGUUGAAUCUUGCCUACUCCGAACUCACGAUCGCCAGUGGAACUAUAAGAAAAUUUUAUCAAUCAAGAAGCGGUCAUAAAACGGUAACAGUGAUGUUGAGAGGCAGCAACAUUCCAUUAUACGGUGGUGGAGCCGAAUUGAGCAGUCUAAACGGGAAGCCGGUGGCCCCGGUACCCUUGACGCUUAAUUUCACAGUUCGGGCCAGGGCUUAUAUAUUGGGCCAAUUGGUUAAGCCCAAAUUUUACAAAAGAGUCCAGUGCUCCCUAGUUGUGGACCCAAAGAAAAUGAAUGUCGCUAUACCAUUGAAGAACUCGUGCACCUACGAUUAA